ACAGCUACUCAUUCUUCGUCUCCAAAAUCAUUUUGGCGAAAAGCAAUCAAAUCCUUAGAUCCUAGACAUGUUCAAGGUUGCAAGAGCAUCACAGUACUUAGCCAUCACCGGUGGUGGGAUCGAAGAUAUCAAGCUCUCGAAGAAAUCAUGGGUGUUUCCAUGGCAAAGGUGCACCGUUUUCGACGUAUCUCCCGUGAACUACACUUUCAAAGUCCAAGCCAUGAGUGCAGAGAAGCUCCCUUUCGUUCUCCCUGCUGUCUUCACUAUCGGCCCUCGUGUCGAUGACACUGAAGCGCUGAUUCUGUACGCUAGGCUUAUUUCGCCUCAUGACAAACAGUCAAAUCAUGUGAAUGAGCUUGUUGAAGGUGUUAUCGAGGGAGAGACUCGUGUUCUCGCUGCUUCCAUGACCAUGGAAGAGAUCUUUAAAGGGACGAAAGAGUUUAAGAAGGAAGUGUUUGAUAAGGUUCAAUUAGAAUUAGACCAGUUUGGUCUCGUAAUCUACAAUGCAAACGUGAAACAGCUCGUUGACGUGCCUGGACAUGAGUACUUCUCUUACUUGGGUCAGAAAACCCAAAUGGAAGCAGCAAAUCAGGCCAGGAUCGAUGUGGCUGAGGCCAAGAUGAAGGGAGAGAUCGGUGCCAAGGAACGGACUGGGCUUACGCUACAGAACGCUGCGAAAAUUGACGCGGAGUCAAAGAUCAUAUCGAUGCAGAGGCAAGGAGAAGGGACGAAGGCGGAGAUCAAAGUGAAGACUGAGGUUAAAGUGUUUGAGAAUCAGAAGGAAGCUGAUGUAGCUAAGGCCAACUCCGAGCUAGCUAUGAAGAAAGCUGCUUGGACCAAGGAUGCUAAGGUUGCUGAGGUUGAAGCAACCAAGGCCGUGGCUUUGAGAGAAGCUGAGCUUCAGACUCAGGUCGAGAAAAUGAACGCUUUGACUCGAACAGAGAAGCUCAAAGCCGAGUUCCUUAGCAAAGCCAGUGUUGAGUAUGAAACCAAGGUUCAAGAAGCAAAUUGGGAAUUGUACAACAAGCAGAAGCAAGCGGAGGCAGUUCUAUAUGAGAAGCAAAAGCAAGCCGAGGCACAGAAAGCUGAAGCAGACGCUACGUUCUACUCAAAGCAGAAAGAAGCAGAGGGACUUGUUGCUUUAGCCAGUGCUCAAGGAACUUAUCUCAGAACCCUCCUAGACGCUGUUCAGAAUGACUAUUCUUGUCUUAGAGACUUUUUGAUGAUUAACAAUGGCACUUAUCAGGAGAUUGCUAAGACUAACGCGCUUGCGGUCAGAGACUUGCAGCCCAAGAUUAGCGUUUGGAACCAUGGUGGAGAACAGGGGAUUGGUGGUGCUAGUGGGAGUGGUAUGAAGGAUAUAGCUGGACUUUACAAGAUGCUGCCUCCGGUUCUCGAUACAGUUUACGAGCAGACUGGGAUGCAGCCGCCGGCUUGGAUCGGUACUCUAAGCAAGUGACCGCCUCGACAGCUAAGAGGUUGAUGCCAUGGUUUGGUCGUUACUUGUGAUUGAUAAUCAUUGAAAGUGUAAAGUGUUAUUUUAUUUUAAUCCCGUUGGAAAACUUGGUUUAUUCGUAAGUGUUUGAGGUUGUAUUUUUUACUUUAAUUGUAUUCGUAUAUAUGUUGAAUGUGAAAUAAAAAUGAGAGACAAAUUUUCAGGAAUUUGCAGAGACCAUAAGGUUAUUUUGUAGUAUGUAAU